AUGGUUUACACAAAACCACAGCUCUUUAAACCUCCGAAAAGCAAUGUUCUUACAAUGACUCCCUGGUUUGCUCCAGUCAUUUGGGAAGGGACUUACAACUUGGAUAUCUUAAAUGAGCAGUUCAGACAAAGCAACAUGGUUGUUGGACUGACAGUAUUUGCUAUCAAAAAGUAUGUUAUCUUCCUCCAGAAAUUUCUAGAAACCGCAGAGACUUAUUUCAUGGUUGGCCAUAGAGUGAAGUAUUAUAUCUUCACUGAUAGACCUGAAGCUGUUCCUAACAUAACUGUCAAAGCUGGAAGGGAGCUAGUCCCUCUCAGAGUUGAAAACUAUCCCAGGUGGCAAGAAAUCUCCAUGCGUCGGAUGGAGAUGAUCAGUCACUACUCUCAACAGCGCUUUAUCCAUGAAGUUGACUUUCUGGUGUGCGUUGAUGUAGACAUGCGGUUUAGUGACCAUGUUGGAGUAGAGAUUUUGAGUGAGGUAUUUGGCACAAUUCACCCGGGUUUCUAUGCCUCUGAGCGCAAAGCAUUCACCUACGAACGACGUCCCAACUCUGAAGCUUACAUUCCCCAAGACGAGGGUGAUUUUUACUAUGCUGGAGGCUUCUUUGGAGGAACUGUGGCUGAAGUUUACAUGCUCACCAAAAAGUGCCAGGAAGCCAUCAUGGCUGACAAAAAUAAAGGCAUAGAGGCUAUCUGGCAGGAAGAAAGCCACCUAAACAAGUAUUUUGUGUACCAUAAACCAACAAAAAUACUUUCCCCAGAAUACGUUUGGGACAAUAAUUUGGGUAGCCCACAGUUCCUCAAGAAAAAGAGAUUUCUGGCUGUCCCUAAGAACCAUUCUGCAGUUAGAAACAAAUAA